AUGCAUGCUCUUGAGCAGCUACUAGUUGCGAGAUGGACUGGGAUAGGCAUUCUGGAGCCACUCCUGUGCCUGGAACAGACCUGUCAUUCAGCCUUGAAAUCUGUCACUCUGCUCUUCAAACUCAGCCUGGAUAGCCUACUCGCAGGAGGUAUCAUUCUUGGUGUGGCACUCUGGCUCCGUCAUGAUUCGCAGACCACAAAUAUCCUGUACUUGCACCUAGGUGACAAGCAGGCCCCUAAUACAUUCUAUAUUGGGAUCUACAUCCUGAUUGCUGUUGGUGCAGUGAUGAUGUUUGUGGGGUUCCUGGGAUGCUACGGUGCUAUCCAGGAGUCCCAGUGCCUUCUGGGAACGUUCUUCACUUGCCUGGUGAUCCUGUUUGCUUGUGAAGUGGCUGCUGGAAUCUGGGGAUUCGUCAAUAAAGACCUGGUUGCCAAAGACGUGAAGCAGUUCUACGACCAAGCAUUGCAACAAGCGUUGCAACAAGACCCGUCAGAUUCUGAUGCAACUAAUGCAAAAACUGUGGUGAAGACCUUCCACGAAACGCUGGAUUGCUGCGGUGCAAACAGCAUGAUGGCCAUAGGCACCUCGCUCAUCCAGAGUGAUCUCUGUCCAAAGGAAAAAAGCUUCUUGGAAACUCUUGCCCAGGGUCGCCUACCCCAGGAUUGUCAUAAGAAAAUUGAUGAGCUGUUCUCAGAGAAGUUGUACCUGAUCGGUAUUGCAGCCAUUGUGGUGGCUGUGAUCAUGAUCUUCGAAAUGAUCCUGAGCAUGAUACUGUGCUGUGGCAUAAGGAAUAGCACCGUGUAUUGAGAAGUGGAGAGUUGGGGGGGAAGGUUGGAGAUGACCGCGCAAAAGGGACCCCAAGUGCCACCAAGUGACCAGGAGACAUUUCAACAAAAGACAAAGAAAACUAUGUAUAUAAAUACUUCCAAUAUUACCAUACAGUACUUAUCAUUGUUACUUUUAAACUACUUUUUUUUUAAACAAGUAAAACUUUCCCAUGACCUUGUGGCUGAGUUAGUUACACAUCAGUUUUGUGUGGUAGGGAAAGCUACUGUACCAGCGAUUCUGACCCCCCCCCUCCUUUUUUUUUUUUUUUUUUUUUUGUCCUCCCCAUUAUUUCAGUGAUGAUGUUUAUGGUGCAGAAACACAGAGGUACAGAGCAGCAGGCUACAGCCUCGUGAGGACAAUGAACACCUUUGCCUUGGUUUUUUUGUUUGUUUUAAGUUUAUAACUGGAAACUGAAGCAGGGUUUUUUGUUUUCCUCUCUUUUCCCCAUGGUCCUGACUCCAUGGCAUUCCCUAGCUGCUUAUAGGAAAGUUUGACUUGGGGCAGGUCUACACUUACUUCCUGGUCCGGCCGUAAGCAAUCGAUCUUCUGGGAUUGAUUUAUUGCGUCUUG